UCUUAUUGCGGCCCCCUUCAUCCCACCCCAUACCCUUUUUCUCACUCUAUCUCUGGAGGGCGGCCUCCAAGAAAUUCAUUCACCUAAUCUCUUCCUUCCCCCGUUCUUUAUCGCUUCGAAGAGAGGAGGGUAAGAGAGAGCUUCAAAGAUGCAGGCCGUUCUUCAAUCCAAGGGACUUCUUUCCCUGCCUUCAUUACCCAAAUCCAGGGGUUUUAUCUCAUCGUCGCAGGGGCUGAGACAACGACACGACGCCUUUAAACCCAAGCCUCUACAUGGGUUAUCUCUAUCAUCUUCAAAUGGCUUCUCUAAUUUUCAAGGGUUUGCCUCCAAAAAUCGUGGAUUUGUCCAAAAGGACAAGUCUUUCAUCUGCAAGGCUGAGGCGGCGGCGGCGGCUGCAUCACCAGAGGAACAGCCACUCCUCGUUGGGGAAUCUGACUCCCCUAAAUUUAUGGGCGUUGAAGUCGUCACUCUUAAGAAGAUUAUACCUCUUGGUUUGAUGUUUUUCUGUAUUCUCUUUAAUUACACAAUUCUUAGGGAUACUAAAGAUGUGUUGGUCGUCACUGCCAAAGGGUCAAGUGCUGAGAUUAUACCGUUUUUGAAAACCUGGGUUAAUCUUCCCAUGGCUAUUGGAUUUAUGGUAUUGUACACAAAGUUGUCUAAUGUCCUGUCAAAGAAGGCUUUGUUCUAUACAGUUAUCCUUCCUUUCAUUGCAUUCUUUGGGGCUUUUGGGUUUGUUUUGUAUCCCCUUAGCCAUUAUCUUCAUCCUACUGCUUUUACUGAUAAACUUCUAGCCGUUCUUGGCCCGAGGUUUCUUGGUCCGCUUGCAAUUAUAAGGAUUUGGAGUUUCUGUCUGUUCUAUGUCAUGGCUGAGCUAUGGGGGAGCGUCGUUGUAUCCGUUCUUUUCUGGGGUCUUGCUAAUCAGAUAACCACAGUUGAUGAAGCUAAGAAAUUUUAUCCUCUGUUCGGAUUGGGAGCCAACAUUGCCCUUAUCUUUUCGGGUCGUACAGUGAAGUACUUCUCUAAUCUGAGGGAGACAUUAGGACCGGGAGUCGAUGGAUGGGCUGUUUCAUUGAAAGCGAUGAUGACCAUUGUUGUUCUUAUGGGUGGUGCCAUUUGUUUCCUUUAUUGGUGGGUUAAUACUUACGUUCCUCUUCCAACCCGAAGCAAGAAGAAGAAGGAGAAGGCUAGUAUGGGAACAAUGGAGAGCUUGAAGUUUUUAGUUUCUUCUAAAUACAUUCGCGAUCUAGCCACCUUAGUGGUUGCUUAUGGUAUUAGUAUCAACCUUGUCGAGGUUACAUGGAAGUCGAAGCUCAAAGCUCAGUUUCCGAGUCCAAAUGAGUACUCUUCCUUCAUGGGUGACUUCUCAACAGCAACUGGAAUAGCUACAUUCACGAUGAUGCUUCUUAGCCAGUGGAUUUUCGACAAGUACGGUUGGGGAAUGGCUGCCAAGAUCACUCCCACAGUCUUGCUCCUUACGGGUGUUGGAUUCUUUUCGCUCAUACUGUUUGGAGCUCCUCUGGCCCCGACCCUUGCCCAGUUCGGCAUGACUCCACUUCUUGCUGCUGUAUAUGUCGGCGCUUUGCAAAAUAUCUUCAGCAAAAGUGCCAAGUACAGCUUGUUUGAUCCUUGUAAAGAAAUGGCCUAUAUCCCUCUCGAUGAGGAAACAAAGGUGAAAGGGAAGGCUGCCAUUGAUGUUGUCUGCAAUCCUCUUGGGAAGUCGGGUGGUGCUCUAAUCCAACAAUUCAUGAUCCUAACCUUCGGAUCACUGGCGAACUCGACUCCAUACCUUGGAGGUAUACUUCUUGUAAUUGUCCUGGCAUGGUUAGGAGCUGCUAGGUCACUGGAUGGGCAGUUCACAUCACUGCGUAAGGAAGAAGAGAUGGAGAAGGAAAUGGAAAGAUCAGCCGCCAUUAAGAUUCCAGUUGUUCCCAGCGAAGAAGAUGGAUUUGCGACAGGGCGAUCACUCAACACCACUGGUGGGAGCAACAGCAGCAAUCCUAGCAGCAACAGCUCGUAAGAGAGGUAGAGAGAGGCUUCGAAAAUGAAUGAAUGAUUGAUUGAUUGAAUGGUUAUUGGGAUUUUGCAAAAUUGAAUAGAAAUUAAAUAAUUUAGAUAUGUAGUAGGGGUUGUGGUUUUGAUAAUUGCAUAAUCUUCUUUUUUUGAAGUAUUUUGUAUUGUCAUUUUUAAUCAAAUUUCAUUGGCUAGCUUGCCAGCCAAUAAGUAUUCCUUCUACUAUUGGUUGAUUUUGAUAUAUAUAUAUAAUUUUCCAAGUUAUUUAUAUUGCUG